AUCGGCUUGGCGUAGGCUUCUCUUCUUGACCAACAACAACCCAACAAACUUGAGAGAUGGCACCCAAGAAGGCCAAGAGGAGGCAGCAGCAGGGCGAGGGUGGAUCCUCCAACGUGUUCUCCAUGUUUGAGCAGAGCCAGAUCCAGGAGUACAAGGAGGCUUUCACAAUCAUCGACCAGAACAGAGAUGGCAUCAUCAGCAAGGACGACUUGAGGGACGUGCUGGCCACCAUGGGCCAACUGAACGUGAAGAAUGAGGAGCUGGAGGCCAUGGUGAAGGAGGCCAGCGGCCCCAUCAACUUCACUGUCUUCCUCACCAUGUUCGGCGAGAAGCUGAAGGGCGCUGAUCCCGAGGAUGUUAUCGUGAGUGCUUUCAAGGUCCUGGACCCCGAGGCUACUGGCUCCAUCAAGAAGGAAUUCCUUGAGGAGCUCCUGACCACCCAGUGCGAUCGGUUCACCGCUGAGGAGAUGACCAACCUGUGGGCUGCCUUCCCCCCUGAUGUGGCUGGCAAUGUGGACUACAAGAACAUCUGCUACGUCAUCACACACGGAGAGGACAAGGAAGAGUAAAACUUGCCUUUCUGCAAAGCUCCACCUUACUCGCCGCCCCCCAAGCAAACCACCAUCUAUUCUCUCCGACGCACACGCACCCACCUGGCCUGCUCGUUCCUCUCGCCAGCUAACUACGGGAAAAAGACUCCUUUACCGAGGACUUGAAUGCUGUGGUGGUGUUUGUGUGUGAGUACCAACAGGGGAACAUGAUUAUUUUCAAAUAAAAAAUAAUCUUGUGACAUUCAACGCUCUCUCUCCAUCUCUGUCCCAUGUCUCUUUGUCCCUUCACCUUUUCCCCUCCAUUCUGUCCAUGCGUGUUGAGGCCGGCAGUGCAUGCAUCAUGCUUACAAAAUGUCAUGUAUGCAUAUGCAGUCCAGUGUAUACAGUGGCCUUUUAGAAUGUAUCUUGGGUGCUGUGAUGCAUGCAAAGUCGCUUACUUGAAACAAGUAAGCAGCCUGACCCCACUUGGUCUGUUAGCCUCAACCUUGCAUAGAGUUCUUCAUGAAUUCCUCCUUAUUCUUUGUAAUGGAGAAGAGUGGGCACUAUAAUAGUCUGCCAACCCCUCUUUUACACAGUUAGGAUUGCUAAAACUGCAGGGAUUUAAUGUAUUUUUUGCAGCUUUAAAUGUACAGGUACAUGUAGGACAGAGAUGGUGAAAGAUGAGGAGGGUGAUGGAAAGUAACUUUCUUCUCGCCCACUUGCUGCUGUUUCCCUCUUGUUGUUGUGACUGUUUCUCCACU